AUGAUGCUGUUUACGGCCGUCGUCUUUUUCCUCGUGUCGCUACUUCGCCUCAGUAACUCCAGGCCUUCUCUUGACUACUCAGAAAACCGCUUUCCCAUGGAGAACGACUCUGAGGAAGUGCGUUUGGCUGCUAUCAAACGGCUUUUGGAGGUUUUCGGGAUGGAAGACCCUCCAGCUUUUCCAGGUCGAGGCCACAAGCAGCCGCCUCAGUACAUGCUCGAUCUGUACAACACCGUGGCGGACGUGGACGGAGUCACCAAGAACCCUACUUUACUGGAGGGAAACACUGUCCGCAGUUUCUUUGACAAAUUACACAGUCAGCAGGUCGAGUUCAUGUUCAACUUGUCCACUGUGACCAGAAAUGAGAAGGUGCUUACAGCAGAGCUGCAUCUGUUCAAACUCAGACCAAAAGCAUCACUCAUUUUUAACAGACAUCACUUCUGUCAGAUCAGUGUCUAUCAGCUUCUUGAUAACACCAAAAUGAAUGUCUCACAAGGAAAGAAGCUUGUGUCUUCAAGACUUAUUCCUGUCCAUUCCAAUGGCUGGGAAGUUUUUACCAUCACACAAGCGGUCCGCGCAUGGAUGACGGAUGAGCACAGUAACCUGGGUCUUCUGGUGACUGUGCAGACUCUAGCAGGAAUUCAGCUGGACAUGGGGACUGUACGUUUUGCCUCAGGGCAGAAACACCAUCAUAGUAAACAGCCCAUGCUGGUCCUGUUCACUGACGAUGGCAGACGUGUCACCUCACCAGAAGGUGCUCUAAAAGGUUCUGAUGAUUCGCAAGAUGGUCCCAAGCUCCCUCUGAACCGCCUGACCCUCCCAGGUCCUGGUCAUCGUAGUGCUCGCUCCAUUGACUAUGAUGAAGAUCCAGAUAGGAAGCCAUGCCAAAAACUGCCACUGUACGUCGACUUUGAGGAGAUUGGCUGGUCUGGUUGGAUUGUGUCUCCUCGUGGCUACAAUGCAUACCAUUGCAAAGGGUCCUGUCCCUUUCCUCUGGGCCAAAACAUGAGACCCACUAACCAUGCCACUGUGCAGUCCAUUAUCAACGCCCUCAAGCUUACCAAAGGCAUAGAGACACCGUGUUGCGUGCCCGACAAGCUCUUCUCCAUCAACCUUUUGUACUUUGAUGACGACGAGAACGUAGUGCUAAAGCAGUAUGAUGACAUGGUGGCAGGGAGCUGUGGUUGCCACUGA